AAAGGAUAGAUUUUGGUGACGGACAUUUGAUUCUAUAGAAAUUUGUUUGAGGAAGAUACUAGGUUCAAUGUUACAUUCUCUAUAAAGGUUUAUAUUUAGAAUAAAAACAUUUGUAACAGUAGCCGAGACAACACAAUGGGUCAGUUGGAUUCCCAGUUCGUCACUUUAAAUACCACGUUUACCUUGAAAGCAAAGUGAAAUAUUGGUCAGUUUUUCUUAGGAUUGUUUUGUGACAGAAGGGCUGGACUGUACCCGUUUAAAAUUUUUAUUAAACUGAAGUUUUUAAAGGUACAGUGUAGAUGCUACCUGUUUCUGGAUAUAAGGCAAAUAAUUACGAUUAACUGUAUCAGAAAAAAACUUCAAAGAAGUACAUUCAAAGAAAUCUCAAAAGCUUGGAUUAAACAGUCUAUUCUUCUAACGAGAUUAUGUAAAUAGAUUACAGUACAAAGGAUAAAUUAUUUAUAACAAUUUCAUAAUUGGAUUCAGUUAGAUGGAAUUAGACGAUUUCUGUACAGAAAAAAAAUGAACUAAACACUGAGGAUGUUUUGCAUAGGAUAACUAUAUUUACAACAAAAAAUGGUAAUUAGCAAAAGGAGGAUGGUUGCUACACCUGUAGAUGUCAAAUUUGAUAACUGACACACGUUUAUACCUGUUAAUGAUUAAGUAAUGAUUAAUUGAUGCCAAAAAAACGUGUGAUACAAAGUUAAGAAACUGCAACAUGGUCACGAUACUUGUGAUUAAAAUGCCAGAAACAAAUUGGUUAAGGAAUCCAAAUUAGCAAGGCAACUGUAUUCAAUUUUAUUAACUUCUGUGUGGAUUUAUUAAGUAAAAACUGAAAAUUGACAGAAAAUAUGCAUUCAGUUUAAAUUGUAAUGGCAUCUUCACAGAAGCAAACAUAUUCACCCAGACGUUCUGUCAGUUUUAAUUAUGCUGAUUAUUGGAAUCAAAUCAGGGGAACAUCAAAGUUAGAGUCUAGUGUAAAAGUUCUGCGGUCAUCAUCGUUCCUACAGAAAGCCAGAGAGGCACAGGAAAGAGAGAGAAAUAGACUGGGGAUUCAAGAUGAUAGUAUUGUACAGAAACAGUCCUCUUCCAGUAUGAAACAAAGACCAAGGAGGAUAGAAAGCUUCCAUGGUUCAAGAACUAGGCGUUAUGAUAAAACUCCUUCAGUAAGUUCUUCAACAGAAGGUAGUAUACAGUCAUAUCAAACCGCAGAAAGUAGAGAAUUGAGAGAGAGCGCCACUGUACAGAAUGAAAAGGGGGAUAAUCAGUUACCAAUGGAACAAGCAACAACCCCCACAACAAAGCAGGUGAAAGAAUGGCCAACGAUGGCCGAUUUGUCGCAAAAACAAAUAUUACCUAACAAAUAUGAUGGUAACCAAGGUUACUUCAACCCUCAUCUGUCUCCAUCUAAAUCGUCUCCGAGUCUCGACAAGGAGGAGCCACAUCAUGUGAAAACUGGGAAUUACACGUCACCUUUAAUGAAUAAAUCUAGUCCGAAUAUCCAUGACGACGUUAAAAAAUCCACACCAUCAUCAUCAUCAUCCUCAUCGUAUUUAGCAAAUCAAAAAUGGUUUUCACCGAGUGCCUUCCAAAAACAGUCACCAAGACAAUAUCAUAGUAGUAAUAACUUUUAUCAGUCGUCACCACAAUUCACAAAACAUAAUCCAAAUGACUAUCAAAACUUACAAGAUAUACAGCAAAGCAUUAACCAACCUAAUGUAAUGUCAUAUAAUCUUCCUACACCAGUAGAAAAGGAGGAAAGUGACCCAGAACUUCAAGGGCUUACAAAGGGGGAUAAUCGUCCCUUGUGUUCUCCGCCAGCUCCACCAACCAGAGAUAUAUCAAGUUUAAAAUAUGUGCCAUUAAGUAACCAAAGUCAUGCUAAAUAUCCGUCGUGGCCAGUAACACAACCAAGUGCUGAUAUAGAAAGUGGCGAGCCUAUUAAUGCACCACUAAGUUUGUUAAAUGAACACAAUCCAAAUCAAAAUAAUGUUAGAGCAUUAAAGGACAGGAAUAGUCCUAAUUCUGAACGAAAAGCUAGUGACAGAAAUGCAAGCGACCCUGGGUUCAAGAAACCUAUUCCGUUUGCUGUCUUUCUCAAAAGACCAGAUCAAAGACACCAACAAUAUGGAAGCCAUGUUCAAAGUGAUAGGAAAGACACUGAUUCAAAAAUGAAUGAAUUUUUUGAGAGUUUACCAGGAUAUCAACAACCAAUCUUUGACCAGGAUGGUCAUCGGUUCGGGGAUGAAAAAUACAACGUGUCCCCACCAGAAAGAGAGAGUGAUGGGAGAUAUCCAUCACAAAGGGUGUCAAAUAAAACAACAGAUAACAGAUACACCCCUCAAUAUAGAAUCUACCAGGAGCCUGUAAAUUCAUCACGGAUAACAAGAGAUUCGGGAUCAAAUCCAUUACUUAGUCCAGAUAAGGACUCUAAACCGUCAUUCAGUGACUUGAGGUACUCGGAUAAAUCAUUAUUACAAGUUACACCAGACAACAAAUUUACAGACAGUAGCACAAGUCCUAUGCAAAGUCCUAAGGAUUCCAAACUUCCACAUGGGUCUAAGGAUAAUUAUCCUGACAAUGUUCAAACAAGUAUAUACGAUCCGAAAAACAAUAGUUAUCUUGUGAAGAAAACUAUGGUGUGUUAUACAACAGGAACACAGACGGAAUUCAAUUCACCGAGGAAGAAGUCGCCAUCAUCACCAGGAUAUAAUAUGCAUUUUCCUUUUGAUAAGUCAAACCAAGCAAUUCAAACUUCUCCCGAAAACACAAACAAGGAUGACGACUUUGUUCGCAUGCGUAAGAGUUCUCGAGAUAGACACGAGGAAAGUUACGAAUCUCGACCUAGACCAAAGAGCACUAGUGAAAAGGAUAAAAUUUUAUUAAAUAAUAUUAAUUCAGAACUUGAUUCAAAUGAUCAGCAUUCUGCACCGUUUAUGAGAAAACUUGCACGUGAUUUAUUGGCUAAUCAGAGCCAGGAACAUAAAAGACGAUCAACAAGUUCUAGUGGUGGUAGUGGAUUACGUAGUCCAAGCUCAGACUAUUCUCAUUAUUUUGGUGAACUGAGAGAAUCAGGAUCUUACAGUAGUGUUAUAAUUCAUGAUGAUUUGUCUGAAGCUGAGAGUGCAACAUCUUCUAAACCUGAUGGAACAUACGAUAGUGAAAAACAACAUUUACAUCAGUUUGAAAAGUUGAAAAGUCCAAGACGUAGUCUUGAUCCUUCAAUGUUUUCACAAAAACUUAGUAGUCGUGGCUUACAAAACUCUAGGUAUGGAUCAGAAGCACAAUUGGUGAAUCAAAGUCACAAAGAUCAUACAUCAAGUAUGAUCAAUUUACCAAGAUCAGCUAGGGAAGAUUCUCGACCUAAAUUUUCUAGGCCAAGUACGGAUUCAUCCACGCCAUCACAUAAGACAGGAAGUUCUACUGAUACCUUUUCAUCAACUAGUACCCACUAUAGUUUUGAUACUUCUCCUGGGCCAUAUGUUCCAGGAAUACCAGGACCAACACAGCAUUCAACUAGAAGGGAAUCAAAUGAUUCAGUCUUUGUUGAUGAAAAGUCUCCAUUUGAGAAAAAGGGAGAUAACUUCAAAGAUUUUAAAUCCCAAAUUAACAAUGACAAAAAAUCAAAAACAACUGCUUGGGUAGGUAGAACACAAUCAAUGAAAAAGGCUUAUGGAGUAUAUGAUGAAACACAUAGCUUGAUUCACAAGAGACAAGAAAGUGAAGUCUCGUCAAGUUCUAGUGAAAAUCAUCAAUUUAUUCAUAGUCGAUCGCAGUCUGAUACAAACUAUUUGCCAAUGAAUGAAAUCAGAUCAAAACAAAAUAGUGAUAAAAUGCUUGGUGCAAUUAAUGAAGAAACAUCUGAAGCAAGAUGGCAAGAUGCUCUUAGAAAGUCAAAGUCGAGAGAAAUUUCAUAUGAACAAAAUAUUAGUGAACUAGAUGUUAAAAAGCAUGUGAACGAAAAAUUACGUGAGUAUCAAAAUAAAACGGAAAUGGAAAGAACAAACUUAAAAAGAACAUCAUCUGAACAGUUUAGACCGAUGAAAGAAAGAAUGGCAAAUAAAACCCAUUCAGAAUCUAAACUUGAUGAACCAAAACAACACUUAUUACCAAACAAAGAUCUGGAUAUGCGUCAAGCUAAAGUUACAAAAUCUAACUCUAGAGAGAAAAUUUCGCAAUCUCCGUCUCAGUCUCAGACUGAUUUACGCAGUCCUUCAAGUUCUGAUUCUUCUAGGAGAAGCAGUGAUCGACUUCCUUCUCCUUCUAGUUCUCGGUUAGAUUUGCGACCUGACUCUAACAGUGGUAGCGAUAAGAAAUCGCCUUCUCCGUCAUCAUCACGUGCUGAUUUAGUUGGUUCCAGAGAUGAUCUAAAACGUGCUCAGAAAAAUGCUCUGCAAAAUUUUAUGCUUACAAAAACAGGUAGAUUACCUUCAGAUGAAGAAGAAAAACUGCAUCAACAUCAAAAUAAUGGGAAUGGACAAAGCCAACCUGAUCGUCCAACUAGGUUGUCUGUCACGGAAUCUUUUCGUAAAAAAUAUGCAGAGGGUGAUAAAUUACGAAGGUCAAGGUCAAUAUCGUCAACGGAUAGUGGAAAUUACACAGAGAUGAGACCACCUAUGCGUCCACAGCCGACAGAAUGGUCGAGAAUGAGAUCCCAGACGAGACGACCUCAGUCUAUUGGUUCAGAUUCUGGUUCUAGUUUGGUUGACCCCUAUGCUGUUACACCAGUUAUUUCGUCUUCCUUUGAUCACCAACGAAGCGAUUCGUUAGAAUCACCCAGGGUAGAAGAGAUGUCAAAAGAUUUACAGUCAAGUGGAGAUACAACACCACACAGACAUUCUAUAAGGACAAGGAAACAUGUCCCGAUAAUAAUUCAGUCACCUCGUUACUCCGGCCCUCGAAUGGGUUCUUCAAACAUUUACCAGAACUUGAUGCCAGAACAUCCUGGUUACAGAAAGCCACCUCCUCCUCCACCUCCAUCAGAGGAAGAGAAACCUCCAGAAUUACCACCAAGAAAUUAUCGUCCCAAAGACAUUUCACAGUCAGACUCGCAACUUAGGCAACAACGGUAUCUACCGCCACAGGAAGAAUCUCAUGAACAAUAUGCAGAACAAUUACGCAAAUUCUCUCGUAGAUAUUCAGAACAGUCAUCAGCUUCAAUGAUGUAUCUUUCCUCCAAAACUCAGACUCACAUUACACAGUCUUUUCCAAAACCAGAGGUUAAGUCUUUAGAGGCAACGUCACCAAUUACAUCACAUUCACCUCCGUCUUCAAUCUCAGCGGAGACUACGAAAAUGUCAACUUCCCAGUUUGUUCCACAACAGCAGCCAUCUUAUUCAGCAAGUUUUACGCAGCCGACAUCGCAAACUAAAAAUGUGUCGCCCUCGUCAUCUCACCAUCAAAGUCCAUCAUCGUCAAGUUUUGACAUCAGUAAUGAGAAAUUAAAUGACAGUCGACACCUUCAGCCAAGCCCAAGACAGAGUCCACCAAUGUCAAGAAAUAGACAGCCUAGUCCACAACAACAUAGUCCUCCACCAUCUGUGUUAAGACAGAUCAGCUCACCAGACCCACCCCCUCCACCAACACCAAUAAAGGAGGGUGUAGAAUUUAACCAGGAGUUACCUCCCCCUCCUCCAGAAAUAUUAAACACUUUGGAGCAGAAGCCUGAUGGAUUUUCUGAUGACUCUUACUUGGCACACAAAAGUAAAGGAGAGACUCGUCAAAUAGGCACAUACAAAAGAUCCUCAACAACGGGAGAUGUCAGCAAACUGCCAUCAGAAACAAACAAUAAUAAAGUGGAAAUUCAGAAACCACCACGUAAACGAUUACUACAACAAGCAUGGCAACCACAGACUAGUCAGCCAGAAAUUUCAGAACAUAGCAAUGAACAAAGUUCUGUUCCACGAUUCUCUGCAUCGGAGAGUCGGGUCAACCCAAAUGUUGUGAAAUCUGUGGCAAAACCUUUAGAAAAGAACCACGUACAACAAAGACCCCUGGGUAGUUCAUAUAGUGCCAGCGCUCUUCUUACUCCUCGACCAUUUUCGUCUACAGCAGGCACUUCCCAGAAAGACACUCACAGUCACUCUGCUGACAGGGAAGAGCGGACAUCUGUACGAGAUCAGAUAUUUAGUUAUGAGAAAAAAGCUACACCAAGGAGACCUGAUAGAUUUAAUUCUCCAAAACUAAUACCUCGAUCUCCAAGUAAUAUAAACAGUUCUAGGUCACAUGUAGAUCAAAUGAAUGAUUCAAAUGGCUUUGAUUCUACAAGGAGACCUAGCAAUGAAAAUUUACAGCAAAGUGAAUUACAAAAUAACUUAAGUAAUAGUGUUCAUGAGGGAUCUUCAAGACUUUCUUUAGAUAGUGAUCCUUCAAAAUAUUCCUCUCCUCGACGGACUUCUAAUCCCCCUGAGAAGCAUAAAAUCAAUUUCAUAGGAAGAUAUGGAAACGAUGGAGAUCAGGAGAGGAAAAAUCUUUCUCAUUCAGACUUCAACGGGGAUGUAAAAUUAUCUUUACGUUCUCAAGACAACCAUCAAAAUGAAUCGUUCAUUUUACCGAAUAAUUCAGGUGAUAAAGGGCAUUCGUAUCGCCAUAGUAACCGAAGCAGUGAUCAUGACACUCAUAACGUUAAUAAAUCCCAUAUGUCUUUCACGCCAAACCAUGAACAGCAUCCUGCGGAGAGGAAAGGUUUGGUAGAAAAAGGUCAUAAUAGUGCUAGGGACCAAGAGUUACAAGUCUGUCACGUUCGACAAAGGUCACAAGAGGAGCUAGAAUGUGAUAAAAAAGUGUCAGAAAUAGUAAAAAAGGACGAGUCUUUGAAACAGGUGCUAAAAGUAGAUAAUAAAGGUCGAAUGGACUUCAUGAAUGGACUGUUUCCAUUGGACGAGCCAGUUCGUCUUCAUCACUCACCCCAUCAUUCCCCUCAAUCUUCUAGUGUGAACGAGGACAAGCAUAUAGAAAAUGACAGAAGAACAGAGGAACAAAAAUCACCAUUGGAUACAUCAGCUUUACCAGCAGAUUAUUUUAAGUCCUCGCCAAAAGCUAAGAUUGAGAUGGAUAUGAGAGGUAAAAGUGACGAGUUUAACCAGGAAAUGUCAAAGGAGAUAGGAGAUCCGGAUACACUCAUCAAAACUAAGGAGGAACUUGUAAGAAGUAUUCAGAAGAAAGUAGAAAAGUUGAAAGAAGAAAAAUCAGAAUUACAGAAAGAAUUAGAUGAAAUUGAUGAAGUUGGACAGAAGUUAGUAGAGGUCGUACAACAGAAAGGUCGUACACAACAAGAGAAAGACAAGUUUAGCUCCUAUAUCACAGACAUGGAGAAGAUCAUCAAAUUACUCCUUAAACUUUCUGGGUUACUGGCACGAGCAGAGAAUGCUCUACAAAGUCUCCCAGAUAAUUCUAGUCCUAGUACAAAGAAGUUAGCAGUAGAUAAAAGAGACAGAUUACGAGAUCAACACGAAGAAGCCAAAUCGUUAAAAGAAGACAUAGAUAAACGCAGUGCUCAGGUUUCCAUUUUUCUUCAGGACUGUUUGACUGAUGCUGAACAUGAAGACUAUAAAUAUUUCGUUCAAAUGAAAUCAAAACUGACGAUAGAAAUGCAGGAGUUCGAAGACAAAAUUACUCUUGGUCAAGAACAAAUAUUAGGUUUGAAACGGAACAUUCCCGAUAAAUGAUUGGUUGUUACAUAGUUGUAUAUUUAUAGAGCAAUAUGUGAUAAUGUGUAUGAUGUGUAUUUGUGUAUGAGUGUGUUUAUCUGUGAGAGAAAGAGUUUAUUAGGAACAUGUCAAAGUAAUGAAUGUCUGUAGUUUUUGUUGAUUAUAAAUUAUUAAGAUUUGUUUUCAUACAUACUGAUGAUUUUAGUGCAUUUUAUACGUUUAUUUUUGUCGUUCAGUUCAGAACAUUUUAUUUGAGUCGGAAGAUGUUUUAAUGUGCUUUAGUGUGUUAUUAAUAUAAAACAAACCAUACCUGUUGUUUUCAACCAAGAAAGUAUAUUUGCAAAAUAUGAUGAUAAUCGUAACAUAUAUUAUGAAAACAUUAUCUGUAAAAGAUAUAUAUUUUUUUUUGCAUGCUUUAUAUGUUUCUUUUUCAAUUUUCAUCUUUCUUUCAUCUACCAUCUAAAUUACAGAAUUAAAAAGUUAAUCAUUAAUUUUAAUUAAAUUGCAAAAAAAAAAACAUUUCAGUUAUUCAUUUCAUGGCAGAUAGGGUGCCUGACGAAAUUUUAAACAUAUUUAACAUUAAUUUUUGAUUAAUUUGCAAGAAAAACAUUUUAUCAUUCAUUUCAUGGCAGAUAGGGUGCCUGACGAAAUUUUCAGCAAAACAUUUUCACAUUAUUGUUUUUUAUUUCGAUACAUUGUUUGGAACUAGCAGUAUAUAUUAUUUUAGUAUGAAAUCCUGACAUACAACUUUUAUUUUAUAUUAAGAUGAUCUCAUCACAUUUAAGAUAAACUUUAAUUUGCAAACCUUUUAUUGGUUUUGAGAGAUUUUAAGAUUUUGUAAGAGAAGGAAUGUUUUGAUGAUUACUAUUCUUCCUUUGGCAUGCUGAAAAUUUUAAAACGUAAUACAUUGAAAAAUUCAAUGUUUUAGAAUGUGAUUAAUAUGGUGAAUUUUAUGAAAGAAACAAGGUAAAUGUGUCCACAUGGUAUCAGUAAUACAUAAUUCCAAAUUUAUAUUUUCAUAUAAAAAAAAGAAAGUAUAUUUUUGUAAAUAAUGUACAUAAAAUCAAAUAUAUUCAAUUGUAUAUGGACUAUUUCACACCUCGGUUCAGGGGACAUAACUCUCAGCUUAUAGUUUGUUUGAUUUUCAGUAAAGUUCUUUUCAUUUAUUUAGAGAAAAAAAUUAAAUCAAUGGAUUUUUUUAAGGUGUUUAACUUUACUUAUAUGAUAUGGUACUUCAAGAUUUAAAAAAAAUUUCUCAAUAUCAUAAAACUAAGAAUCAGUUGACCUUGAUAGAAAAGAUAAGAAGACUUUAGUAUGAUGUCAAUUUCUAAAACAAUUAAAUAUUUAGUUUAGUUACUAUAUUUUACUCUAUGCAACCUUCUGCUUUAGGACAAUACAAUUGUUUUCACCAUACAUGUAUGGUUUUGAAUUGUAUUUUCAUGCUGAAUCUGAAAAUCAAACAAACUAUUAUUUUUAUUUUGUUGUAAUUUAUUUAUAUGUUUUGGUGCCUUGUUGUCGAAUCAGCAAGAAUAUAUGUCAAAAAAUGUAUGUUUCAACACUCAUCCAAGUCAUCAACAAAAAUGUUUUAAAUGAAAAAAAUAAAACAUUUAAUGUUAUUUUAA